AUGAUCGGUCCAUCGCAGAUGGAGGGGGCAUUUAUAAGGCCCUGCCCCAAACACUUGGGCUCCACCAUAAUGGGAAGGAUUUCCAUGGACCAGAGAGGACACAUGGUUACGAUUGUAUCAGAGCCCGGUAAACAAACGCCCGCCUUUGAGACCGGCUGGAGACCCAACGCCCAUCUAUUUGCAACACCACAGCCCCUGACAUGA